UGCGCACGCGUCGUGUCUGCAGAGCAUCAACAUGGAGCUGCAGUCAGAGAGGGAGGAAGGAGGAAGAGGAGGAGAAGGAGGAAGAGGAGGAGAAGCAGUAAGAGGAGGAGAAGCAGUAAGAGGAGGAGAAGGAGGAGAAGCAGUAAGAGGAGGAGAAGGAGGAAGAGGAGGAGAAGCAGGAAGAGGAGGAGAAGCAGGAAGAGGACAGAAGAGCGGGAUGAAGAGGACACACGAGGAAGAGGAGGAUGAAGAGGUUUCUCCCAAGAAGCUGGUUACUGAUCACAGUGUGAAGGUGGCGAGUCACUAUAACAGGCUGCAGGAAGUCGGUUUGGCUGCUCGAAGCCGGAGUCGAAUCUUCUUCAUGAGGAACUUCAACAACUGGCUGAAGAGUGUCCUGAUCGGUGAGGUGCUGGAGCGGGUGAGGGGGGCGGGCUCUCGGCAGGUGUCAGUGUUGGAUCUGGGCUGCGGGAAAGGAGGAGACCUGCUGAAAUGGAGGAGAGGAGGGAUCAAUCACAUCGUCUGUGCAGAUAUCGCUGCAGUGUCGGUGGAACAGUGUGAGAGCCGAUACGAUGACAUGAAGAAGAAAAGUCACGUUAACGAGAAAAUCUUCAGCGCCCAAUUUAUCACCGCGGACUGCAGCAAGGAGGUUUUGUCGGAGAAGCUGGACGACCCCGAGCAGCUGUUUGACAUCUGCAGCUGUCAGUUUGUGUAUCACUAUUCGUUUGAGAGCGAGCAGAAGGCGGACAUGAUGCUGAGGAACGCCUGCGAGCGCCUGAAACCUGGAGGGUUCUUUGUGGGAACGACGCCAGAUUCCUACGAACUGGUUAAACGGUUGGAAGCGUCAGACUCUCUGUCGUUCGGUAACGAGGUUUUCAAAGUGUCCUUUCAGUCCAAAGGUGCGUAUCCUCUGUUCGGCUGCCAGUAUCACUUCAGCUUGGAGGAAGUCGUUGAUGUUCCAGAGUUCCUCGUUUACUUUCCGCUGUUUGUGCACAUGGCGAAGCGUUACAACAUGCGUCUGGUGUUGAAACAACGAUUCUCAGAGUUCUUUGAGGAGAAAGUGAAGAAGGAGCAACAUCGCAGUCUCAUGAUGAAGAUGAUGGCUCUGGAGCCGUUUCCCUGCGAGACUGGAGGGCGACAGGCUACAGACAGCAGAGGAGAGUACAGCCAUGCUAAAGAGCACUGCGGCAGAGCACCACUGGGAACACUGAGCAGAUCCGAGUGGGAAGCAACAAGUAUCUACUUGGUGUUUGUCUUCCAGAAGAUGUCCUGAUGAUGAAGCUUCACCGGUUCUCCAGCUUGUGUUUGUACAGUGUUUCCACUUUUCUUUUUAAGGCAGUUUUGAUAAACUGUGAACUAUGUUGAGGUUGUUGUAGAAAUGAGUAAAAACUAAAUGUAAAGUC